GCUCGGCCGGCGGAUCCGGGCCGGGGCCGCGCAGCCUCGGGCCGGCGGGCGCCGGGAACAGGAGGCGGGGCGGCCCGGCCGGGGGGCGGAGCGGCGGCCGCGGCCGAGCGCCCGCCCCCCGCUCGCCCUCCGCCGGCCGGCCGGCGCGGUCAUGGAGGUCUACAUCCCGUCCUUUCGCUAUGAGGAGAGUGACCUGGAGCGGGGAUACACGGUGUUUAAGAUAGAAGUGCUAAUGAAUGGAAGAAAACAUUUUGUUGAAAAAAGGUACAGCGAAUUUCAUGCUUUGCACAAAAAGCUUAAGAAAUGUAUAAAAACUCCAGAAAUUCCUUCGAAACAUGUUAGGAACUGGGUUCCAAAAGUGUUAGAACAGCGACGACAAGGUUUGGAAACAUAUUUACAGGCUGUCAUUUUAGAAAAUGAAGAACUUCCCAAACUGUUUCUUGAUUUUCUAAACGUGCGACACUUGCCCUCUCUACCAAAGGCAGAAAGUUGUGGAUCUUUUGAUGAGACAGAAUCUGAAGAGUCAAGCAAACUGUCCCACCAGCCCGUGCUGCUGUUCCUCAGGGAUCCAUACGUCUUGCCUGCAGCCAGCGAUUUUCCGAAUGUGGUUAUUGAGGGAGUGCUCCAUGGGAUAUUUUACCCUCAUCUUCAGCCCAGGUAGAAAUCCUACAUGGCUAAAAGAAGCUGAGGCAAGUUUCGAAGACACAGCCAAGGAAAUCGAUACCUACCAAAUUAACCGAAACUCUACAACCUAACAGCUCUAGCUAGUGGUAAAAUUCAGUCCCAGCUUAAUUCAGGGCAGGGACCUUUCCAUUAGAAUGGUGCUUUUAAAAAUAGAAACUGAACCAGGGCAGUGGUCAGGUGAAGGCCAAGUGUUUAAGAAGUAGAAUGUAGCUGCCAACGAACGUCCCACAUUCAAAAUUCUCAGCAAUAUUCUAGAUGUGAUGGAUGAAGAAUCCUGAGCUCACCAAUAAGCUUGGCUCUACUCCUCUCCUCCACAAGCCCCAAUUCCUCUUCUCUGAGGAACUUCCAGUCUCACAGGCCCUGGAACCUAUGCUCCCACCGACUACACAAAGACCCCCUCUACAUCUAGGAAUGCCUCUCUUCUUUGAUUCCCUGGAUAGUGCCUUUUGAGCAAAGGCCAAGGAAUUACUGUGCCUGGCAUUGCCCCUCCCCCCCCGAAAUUUCCCAAGACUAUAAACACAGACUGAAUUUAGUUAGGAUGGAAACAUUUUUGGGGGAGGGAGGGAUGUGGAUAGCCUCACAAGGGGUCUAAAUCUUUGGGUAGGCAUUACAGCUUUGCGGGGGCAGUUUGGAAAGAACAAAAUGGUGUCUUAAAAAUGGGAGGGUGUUUUGAUAAAAUAAAAUUAAUGCAGCUGCCAACUUAGAAACCAAUGAAAAGAAAACUGUGGCAGAUUCCUGGGAGGACCGAGUGUCGCAAAACAAAGUCACCCUCGGCUCCAUUCGCACCAUUUGCUAAUUGAAAAUCAUAUCCUGAAUCCUACUGAGACUGAUCACCUUUGGUAGCUUUUUUGUUCAGAUCUUAAUGACACACUAAUCUUUUCACCGUGAGGUUUUCUCAGCCGGUGAUAGCAUUCUGAAAUGCCAGCACCAGGACAGUGUGACAGAAACACACUAAGCUGAAUGUGAGGAAGGAAUUAAACUGGAAAUUAACUUAUAAUGAUAAUAUUGUGGCAUUGUAGUUUACAUUACAGUGGAGUUGCAUCAUGUCCAGGGGGAUUCACUUCUGAUGUCAGCACAGAAGGUAGAACGGGCUGUUAGGAUGACCCUGGAAAGCCCUCCAGAAAGGCGCCACGUCAGGAUUCUGUACCGUGACCGCAGCCGGUUUUCACUCCAGUGUUGGAACAAAAGAGUGUUUUGUUCAUUUGAAGACCAGAUGAAGUUGUUAGUGUUUGUUUAGGGGCCAUUUUGUAUUAAAAGCAUGUACCUUUGAACACUAGAAUCAUAGCCAGCCUGGCAAGAUGCUUGCCCUGGGAGAGGAAGAUGUGAAAGGACAAUGAGUGAAGGGCCAGCGGCGGGGCGACUCCUGUCCGGGGAGUGAAGGGCCAGCAGCAGGGUGACACCUGCCUGGGUUUCCUCGAGAGCCUGCACUCAUCAAGGAGGUAGUAUAGCCACAGGAUUGUGUGUUACUUUCCUUAUCGGUUCCUUUUUACUGACCUCAUGGAUUUGAUUAAUGUACGCUGAGUAUGUUUAUGAUAUAACUCCACUGUGCAGAACAGAGACAUUCAUAAUCUGAAUAGGGAAGGUGCACACAUACAUACUACUGUGUAUGUGCUGUAUGUGGGCAUUUCAUAGAAAACCAAUUAAUAACUAGCUUAUUUAUGGUUAAUAGAUUUAAUAAGUUUCUGUGCUGGAGAAAAUAUUUAAAAUCAAAACUAAUAACUACAUCAUGGUUUUUGAUUUGGAUCUAAAUAUACAGGCUUAAGCCCUACUGUACAGUGUUAAAAGAGAUGUUUAAUGAUUGAUUCUGUUAUGACAUGUUGGAAACAAGCAAGGACUGAAUAAUCAGGUUUCAUCAACCAAAAUGAACUGCCAGUCAAGCAUUGGAGAUAUUUUUUAAAUGUUUUUAUGUUAUUAGCUAUUUUGAGUUAAAUAAAAACAGGAAGAAGAAAUAUUUGAGUU